GAGCAACGACUUACCUGAUCUUCAGUUUGGUAUAAAUACAACAAGUAAACAUCUUUCGUGUUCAGAACUGAGCAAGUCAACGUCCAGGCGGCCAUCAUCAUGAAUUCUAUCAUUCUUCUGCCUCUAUUCGUUGCUGUAGCAACUGCAGCCUCAAUCUAUCCGAGGAAUCCUGCGAACACUCACCUGUUGAAUUAUCCGAUCGAGUAUCCCGCAAGUUAUGCUGCUGUUCAAGCUCCGUUUAAUUAUGGCGUUGAGACGCGUCAAGGUCUACCUUUACCUUUGGCGCUCACUCAACAAGUAAUUUUUGGACUGGGCAAUUUUCAAGUUCAAAAUGCAGUCACAUUUUGGAACUUGUUGAAUUGCCUCGUCGAUUCCAGUUGUCCCACCGUCACAGUGCCUGAGUCUGUCAACAUAUCGGACUCCGGUGUGCCCAAUAGGUUAUUUUCACUAAUCCAGCAAAUUAUGAACAUCCCGGCCAAUAACCAACCAAAUAUUUUUCAAACCUUUUCCGAGCAGCUAAGUUCUCUUUGGCCAGCCAAUCCUCUUGCUCAACAAAAUUCGUUUCGCUCCUUCCCUGAGAUAGCUCAAAAAUAUCCAGCUUAUUAUUUUGCAAAUCAAUUUGUAUGAGCAGAUUUCGAUGAUGUUUCGUUGAGCUAUACAUGUUUAAUCUAUGACUUUCUAUGUGCUGUUUCGUCAACGGUUGAUGUUUCUGGUGAUUGGAAAUAUAUUGGGCAGCGCCUUCUGUUACGCAAA